AAAAAUAAAAAAAUAAUAAAAAAAAAAAUAAAGCAAAAACUGAUUUUGCAUUUAUACUUAAAGUACGAAAACCCUAAACCACUGUUGAAAACCCUCGAAGUGCGGUGCUACAACCAUUCUGGGGGGUUUCAAGGAUCUUGCUCUUCGGCCAAAAAGGUUUAGAAAACUCUGUAAUCUCUUUUACCAUGACUAUUACCUUCAGAGCAAACACAGACCUAUCCCGCUGUGUAGCUUGUUCAAUUAGACCGUCUGAUCACAAUUCCAGCCCAACUCAACGAUAUGCACGCAGGUGCACUUUCAAUAGGUCUGCUAAUGGGUUUCAGCCGCUAUCAGUGGCUUCCAACCAAUUAGGUUCAGCAAGAAGAAUGAGGAAUGGCUGCCAUCGUGUGUUUUCGAUGAUGAAGAACAGUUCCAGUGAGAGUCUAACAUACAAGGAUGCUGGUGUCGACAUUGAUGCUGGCUCCGAACUUGUUCGUAGGAUUGCCAAAAUGGCACCAGGAAUUGGUGGCUUCGGAGGACUUUUCCCUCUCGGUGAUUCAUACCUUGUUGCCGGUACAGAUGGUGUGGGAACUAAACUUAAGCUUGCAUUUGAAACUGGAAUCCACGAAACUAUUGGGGUUGAUCUGGUUGCGAUGAGUGUCAAUGACAUUGUUACUUCUGGAGCAAAGCCAUUAUUUUUCCUUGAUUAUUUUGCCACUAGCCACCUUGAUGUUGACCUUGCUGAAAAGGUUAUAAAAGGCAUUGUUGAUGGUUGCCAACAAUCUGAUUGUACUCUUUUAGGAGGCGAGGUGCUGGUCGUUUUCUAUUUAAUUUUGUUUCUCUUUUUUUACUGUACUGCAGAGAUGCCAGAUUUUUAUGCUGACGGUGAAUAUGAUCUCAGUGGCUUUGCAGUUGGCAUUGUAAAAAGGGAUGCAGUUAUUAAUGGGAGAGACAUUGUGGCUGGAGACGUUCUCAUUGGCCUCCCAUCCAGUGGUGUUCAUUCCAAUGGUUUCUCCCUAGUAAGAAGGGUUCUCAGUCGAAGUGGCCUUUCUCUGAAGGAUAAACUUCCUGGUGAAGAUGUAACAUUAGGUGAAGCUUUGAUGGCCCCAACUGUUAUCUAUGUUAAGCAGGUGCUUGACUUAAUCAGCAAGGGUGGCAUAAAGGGGAUUGCCCACAUCACAGGUGGUGGUUUCACAGACAAUAUACCUCGUGUAUUUCCAAAUGGCCUUGGAGCUGUUAUCCAUUCAAACUCUUGGAAUGUGCCAACUCUGUUCGAGUGGAUUCAAGAGGUGGGAAAAAUAGAUGAUGCUGAAAUGAGACGGACUUUUAAUAUGGGCAUCGGGAUGGUUCUAGUUGUGAGCAAGGAGGCGGCUCACAGAAUACUCGAGGAUGGAGAUGGAGCUUAUAAAGCAUACCAUAUUGGUGAGGUUGUAGGUGGUGGUGGAGUGAGCUAUCAUUAAAUUGUGCAUCAUGUGUUCCGUGUACUGAUUUUUAGCAUUCCUUUAUAUCUGUUGUAAUAGAUAAAUAUGAGGGAAUUAUUAUCACAUAAAAGCUCUUUUAUAGGACGCUGUAACUUUGAAUGAUUAACAUUAGGCGAUUUUGGUUGAAAACUAAUAGAUGUUAAAAUCUUUCCCAAUAUUCUGGUUUGUCAUCUUGUAAAGGUUGUCUUUAUGUUGAAAUUUCACUAGCAUUUUCUAGCGAUUGCUCUGACGUCCAGGAAGGAUAAACAGGAAAACUGCAGGAGUCUUCAUGAAGAAAAUGGAUUGAAAGCUCUGUAAUUUAUCCAGAUAUUGUUGUAGUGACAUGAGUAGUGGAAAUGUUAAGAUAUGGUUCGGUUAUGCUUGUACUAAA